UGCGACGCUGUUUGACUACAGUCCGGUGAUGUGGAUGUGGCCAUUACGCACAAACUCGAUUGCCUAUAGAUCUGGACUUUAAAAAGCAUAUUGUUGUUUUAUUUUUUUUCUCUUAUUUUUGUCUGAACAGUCACAUGACGCAAACUGUUGCUUGGAGUCCAGAUUUUGUGGUGAGACUGUGUGCCAGCCAAGUGGAGUCGCGUGUUUAUUUGCUGAUAACCCGCAAAGAAACAUGAACGUCUCCUUCUUCGACGUGACCCAGGGCGCGCUGUUUAAUGGCAGUCAGACCCUCGCUGGGACUCUGGCGACAUACUCCGGCAAUGGCACCGACAACGUGGUGACCGGCGACGGCGGAGGGUCCCUGGUAGUGCAAGACGAGCGCAAACUCUUCGUCAUGCGUGUGGUGCAAAUAGCUGUCCUGUGCGUGUUGUCUCUCACCGUCGUGUUCGGCAUAUUUUUUCUUGGGUGCAACUUGAUGAUCAAAUCGGAGAGCAUGAUUAACUUCCUGGUGAAGGACCGGAGACCCUCCAAAGACGUGGAGACGGUCAUGAUCGGGCUCAGCUAGAGCAUGGAGAACAGGUACUGUGGAAAACUGGAGCGAAGAUCCGGUGUGCGGAUCUGGUACCCAUCUCUUACCGCAGGUCAAGAUCGGCAUCUGCAUGUACUUCUCAAAGACGCUCUCUCUGUGUCCUAGUGAGGAAAGAUAUGCAAAAACUUCACAUUUCCUUCCGAAAAACGACUACAGGAAAGUAGUCCAGCGACAAAUGUGUGUGCGUAAAGUUUGUGCGUAAAACACGGGCAAUUGUUUACACGUGGGCCGAUCUGUUGAAUCCUUUGAGUGAAUUUGAUGUUGCCAACUUGAACAAAGUAACGAAAAUGUUUACAAGCUGUUACCUCAUUUUUUGUUUAGUUAUUUUUUCUU